AUGUUUGCAGAUUCCAGGAUAAAAAGCUAGACAGGUAGGUUGGGAUGUGUUGAGGGUAAAAUUAAGUUAGUCCAAGAUAAAAGUUUAACAGUAGCAAAGACACGCGCACAGAGUGGGAGCUUCACUGGAAGCAAUGGCUCUUGGGACAAGAGUGUGCUUUGUGGUGGUGUUCAGUCUGCUCACUAAGGUGCUUGGCCAAGCUCCUCUCAACACCAGGACAGUGGGGGGUCAGAACACCUCUGUGGCAAGUUGGCCCUGGCAGGCCACUCUGUACUGGAAUGGUUUCCACAUGUGCGGGGGAUCCCUCAUCAACAGACAGUGGGUGCUCACUGCUGCCCACUGCUUCCCCAGCACAAACCCAACCGGCUGGAGUGUGUAUCUGGGCCAGCAGAAUCAGGGAAAUGUGAAUCCCGCCCGCAUCGUCCUUCAUCCGCUUUACGACAGUCAGACACACGAUAAUGACAUCGCUCUACUGAAGCUCAAUGCCGCUGUGUACUUCACCAACUACAUCCAGCCCAUCUGCCUGGCAGACAAUAGCAGCACCUUCUACAAUGGCACUGAGACCUGGGUCACUGGCUGGGGAGAUGUUAGCUCGAAUGUCUCUCCUCGAUCAACUGCGACUCUACAGGAAGUGCAGACCCCUGUAGUAGGAAAUGGGAUCUGUAGCUGCCUUUACGAAAUGGUAAACAUCACAAUCACAGACAACAUGAUAUGUGCCGGUCUCCUACAAGGAGGGAAGGGCUCGUGUCAGGGAGACUCUGGGGGUCCACUGGUGGUCCAGCAGGGCUCUGUCUGGGUCCAGGCUGGGGUUGCGAGCUUUGGCUGUGUAGAAACAAACUACCCUGAAGUUUUCACCCGGGUGUCCCAUUAUGAGAACUGGAUCAACUUCACCAUCGCCACUGACCAGCCAUGCUUUGUCGCUUUCCUCUCCAAUGGGACAGAGAGCAACAAUGGCACCUGUGUAACACCAACUCCCACAUCCUCCACCCCGUCGUAUUCAUUUAGCUCCGCCUUCACCUUCAACACAACAGAGAAUUCAUCCAUGCCGACCACCACUGACCAAUCCUCCUUCACCUCAGAGAAUUCAUCUACCUCCACCACCAUUACCCAACCCUCAGCGGGUGUAUGUGGUUUCGCCCCACUGAAUAAUGCUUUGAACAGUGAGUUUGUGGAGGCCGGGAUGUGGCCCUGGCAGGUCAGCCUGCGCAAGAAUGGGGUCCAGGUCUGCGGGGGCACUCUCAUCACACAGAUAUACGUCUUGAGCGCAGCAGAGUGCUUCAACAGCUCAGUGCCCAACAGCAGCCAGUGGACAGUGGUUCUGGGAAUGAACGUGUCACUUGGGGUGUCUGACAUCACCCUGAGCAACCUGCCAGGUCCUAACAUCGCUCUGCUCCACCUGGCCAAAAGUGUGACCCUGGCCGACUACAUCCAGCCCGUGUGCCUGGACUUGGAUAACACUGUAUUCACCAGUGGAGCACAGUGCUGGGUGACACGAUUGAACAGUGAUGAGGGCGGAGUUCACCAGCAGGAGACGUCGGUGGAAGACUGUGCGUCCGUCUCAUCUGAUGACAUCUGCACUCCAGCUCUAAGCUCACUGACGGGAUAUACAGGGGGGGCACUGGUUUCCCAGAACAGCAGUACCUGGUUCCAGGGUGCAGUGAUAAUGAAAAAUAGCUCCAGCUCACAAACGACACCACAGCAGAUCUUUACAUCGCUGUCCAGGUUCAAGAAUUUCCUCAAAGGGAAUGUGGGGCCGAUGCCACAGCCCGGCAGAGCAGGACAGCACUUCUCUGCCCUCCUCAGCCUCACCCUCCCCCUCCUCUCCCUCUCCCUGAUGUCAUGUGCCUUGAAGCCAACCCAAGGUAUAAAUUGGCUGAUGAUCGCAAGUGCACAUACAUACACAGGACGAGCAUUACAGGAAGCAAUGGCUCUUGGGACAAGUGUGUGCUUAGUGGUUGUGCUGAGUCUGGUUGCUAAGGAAUCAUAUGCACAGUCAAGUGUAUGUGGCCAAGCUCCUCUUAACGCCAGCAUUGUGGGGGGUCAGAACACCUCUGUGGGAAGUUGGCCCUGGCAGGCCAGACUGUACUGGACUCAUUUUUACCGGUGUGAAGGAUCCCUCAUCAACAGACAGUGGGUGCUCACUGCUGCCCAGUGCUUCCCCAGUGCUGUUACAAACGGUUGGGUUGUUUAUCUGGGUCAGCAAACCUCGAAACAAUCCAAUCUAAGCGAAGCAGGAUGGAAUUUAAGUCGCAUCAUCCAACAUCCGAAUUACACCGUGGGACAGCUCGGCUACAACAUUGCUCUGGUGAAGUUACAGUCUGCUGUGAACUUCACUGACUACAUCCGGCCUGUUUGCCUGGCCGCCAGUGGCAGCACCUUCUACAGCGGCACAGAGACCUGGGUCACUGGGAUGACACUGUCUAAUCCGUUCAUCUCAAUAAGUAACAUCCUGUCCCUCCUCUUCUCAUCUGGGAAUCUGCAGCAAGUGAAGAUUCCCGUGGUGGGAAACAGACAGUGCUACUGCCUUUACAGCAACCUGUCGAUUACCCUGCCCUCUUUCAAUACCACACAGAACUUCAUGUGCGCUGGCCAGCUGGCAUGGGGGGGAACCUCUACAUGUCAGGGACACCUCGGGAGUCCAGUGAUCGCCAAAUACGGCCACAUUUGGGUCCAGGCUGGGGUUGAGAACUAUGUGUGUGUUAAAACUGGACUCCCUGGUGUCUAUGCCAGGGUGUCCCAAUAUGAGGACUGGAUCAACUCCACCAUCACCUCUGACAGGCCAGGCUUUGUCACUUUCACCUCCAAUGGGACAGACAGUGACAAUAAUGUCACCUGCACUGGUGUCCCACCUAUUACCAGACCAUCUUCCCCAGCCCCCACCCUGAUGCACUCAUCUACCUCCACCAUUGCCCCCAUAACAACAGCGCACUCAUCUACCUCCAGCACCACUGCCAAGCCGGAUGUAUGUGGUCUCGCCCCACUGAACAAUGGCGGCAGCAGUGGGUCGGUAGCAGCAGGGGCGUGGCCCUGGCAGGUCAGUCUGCAGAAAAAUGGGGUCCAAGUCUGUGGGGGCACUCUCAUCACACGGAGAUACGUCAUGAGUGCAGCAGAGUGCUUCAACAACUCAGAGCCCAACAGCAGCCAGUGGACAGUGGUUCUGGGAAUGAAUGUGUCACUAGGGGUGUCUGACAUCAAACAGAGCAACCUGCCAGGUCCUAACAUCGCUCUGCUCCACCUGGCCAAAAGUGUGACCCUGACCGACUACGUCCAGCCCGUGUGCCUGGACUUGGAUAACACUGUAUUCACCAGUGGGGCACAGUGCUGGGUGACGGGAUGGAGCAAUAUUCAGGGUGGAGUCCAAAGUCUUCAGCAGCAGGAGGCAAUAGUGGAAAACUGUGCAACCACGUCUCCUGACCAAAUCUGCACUGUAGUUCUAAGCUCACUGACGGGAUAUACAGGGGGGGCACUGGUUUCAAAGAGAAGAGGAUCAUGGUUCCAGGGUGCAGUGAUAAUGACAGGUAACUCCAGCACACGUGCGGCAUCACGGCAGGUCUUCACCAAGACGUCAAAGUUCAAGAGUUUCAUUGGGGAUGUAGUGGGUCUGUUGCCACAGCCCAGCAGAGCAGGACAGCACUUCUCUGCCCUCCUCAGCCUCACCCUCCCCCUCCUCUCCCUCUCCCUGAUGUCAGUCUGGGGCCACUGACACCCUGGAUUGUUGUUCCUCUUCAUCAAUCAGCUCCGUUUCUGUAACAUUAAAAUAAAAUUACAGGCUCUAUGACAAAAAGCAGCUCAAACUAACAGUUUACCUUGUGAUUUUGUUUAGUCUUUUGAAAAUUUAAAAGUAAACUAUUGCUUGUAUUAAGAAAUAUUUAUUGAUGAUUAAGACAACCAUGACUGCAAUAAAAGUAGUAAUGCAUUAGGGUUGCAUUCAUAGUUAAAUUGAAUAUUUCAUUGAAAAUUUCAUUGUGCGAAAACUACCUGCAAAAUUUCGCUUCUGUCACUACAUUACUAUUGUUGACUUAGCUUAUGAAAUGAAAGACUGGCAGAAAUAUUUGUCAUUUAUAAUGCAUUGUCUUUAC